AUGAGCAGCCCUCCGGCCUUUGGGGGGGCGGCGGCGGCGGCGGCAGGGCUGCCCGCCUGGAAGCGGGCCAUCCUGGAGCGGAAGCGGGCCAAGCUGACCGCCGGCGUGGAGCUCCAGCGAGGCGCUGAGGCGAAGCCGCCGUCGGGGUCCGGGAAAGGGCUCGAGGAGGCGUCGGCGAAGGAGCGGUUCGUGGUGGCCGAAAGCCUGGGCCCGCUGAGGGAGAACCCGUUCAUGAGGCUGGAGGGCGAGCGGCGGCGGCGGCGCAGGCGCUUUCUGCCUUCUCCUCCUCGGCCCGCCUUGUCGUCUUCCUCCGCCGCCGCCUCCUCCGCCGAAUCUCCGGCCUUGGCGCAACUGCUGGAGCUGUACGGCUCCGUGCCGGGCCUCCGCACCAUCCGCGCCGACCACAUCCUCAUCAUCGAGUCCCAGGAGGCAGGGUUCGCCCCGGCAGCUGCGGGACCGGCCCGGAAGGAAGGAGACGGCGUCGACGGCCCGCCGCGGGGGCCACCGGCUUCCCCCCCCGCCCCCAGCUCCCCCUGUAGCCGAGAUCCCUUCCGGGAUCUGCUGUCGCGGGGUGGGUCUGCUGUCACCGAGAUCCGGGCUGCUGAAGUGGUCAUCUAUGAGUCUGAGCCAUCCUCGCCGCCUCCGCCGUCCCUUGCUGGGAGUGGAGGUCCCGAGCCCGAAACCGGCAGGGUCGGUCGGCUGCUGCAGAAAUUUGACCGGCGGCCCCGGGGUAGCGUGGGGCGAGGGAGGUGGAGGGCUGGCGAGGCCCCUCGCCUGCAGCCGGCAGUGCCAAACCCUUCUCGAGAAGGCACUCCCGCGCUGCUGGCUCUUACGGCCCGUCCUAGCUCUCCGCGUGGCCAGCCGGCUGGAGGCUUUGUGCAGAAGACUGGCUCCAAUUCCUUCAUGGUGAACCCCCGUGGAUGCUGCCUUGUCUCUGACAAUUCCACCCCUGCCCUUAGUAACGGGCCCGUGGAGCCCGGGGUGGCUGCUGCGCCCGCUCCACCCGGGGGCAGAAAUCGACAGGUGGUAGCUGCACCCAAGCCAGUGCCAUCGCCAAGCUCCGCUGCUGCCUUGCCCACUCGAGCCAACUCGUGGAAGCCAAAGCUUGAGGGAACCACUGAGACCCCACAGCUACCAGCCCAGCAGUCUAGUGCCAGUUCGGAUAGCAGUGCCACGGCCAACUCAGCCCAGCCCCCGCCGCUCCUUUGUUCUAACGGCUCCUUUGAGAUCCGCCCAGCCCCCAGGCCGGACCUGGCUGCCAUCCCUGCUCAUGAUCUCCAAGCACAAGCCUUGGCCAGCCUGCGCCUCAACUCUCGAAACUCCUUUCUUUUUGUGCCCCAUCGGAAAGGAGACGCCUCCAGACCACUGGGACCUACUGAAGUCCCCCCAACUUUGCCAGGAGGGGUACUGCCAGCUGCCCCAGAGGAGCGGGCGGAGACUUUGGUGCCUGUGACUUACAUUGAUGAGGACUUGGUUGAACUGGAUUCUGGAGACUUGCCCCCCUUGAAAGUCCUGAGUCCAAGGCUUGAGGGCUUUGAUGUGCUCCAAGAAGGUGAUUCCUCCAUUGGGAUGGAGGAUUUGGCUGUGCCCAUGUACAGGCCUCACCCUGCUGAUUAUGCCACCCUCUCUGAGAAAGGUAGUAACACCUUUACCAUCGUGCCCAAAAGGAAGCCCCCUGGUGCUGCACUGGAGACCUUCAGCAGAGCUCAGUUGCCGGAGGAAGAGGAGGAGGAGGAGGAGGAAAGCCGAGCCAAAGCUAGGAGUGAUGUGGUCCACCAGGAUUUGGGCCAACUUCUCAAAAAGCGCUACCCCACUGUGAAUGAGAUUGAGGUGAUAGGGGGUUACCUCUCCUUGGAUAGGUCCUGCAUGAGCAAAUCAGGUUCUCGACGAAAAAAGAUGAAGAUCUCUUUCAAUGAAACCAGCCUUCAAACUAUGUUUGAAUACCCAUCAGAGAGCUCCUUAGUGGAGGCGGAGGAGGAGGAGGAGGAGGAGGAGGAGGAAGAGUAUGCGACAGAAGUGGAUGAGAAACCUGCCUUCUUCAUUCCUCGCCCAAACAGUAUCGAGAAUUCAAAUGCAGUGAACUCAGGUUUAUCAAGUUAUACCCCAAAGCAUUCAGUUGAAUUCAGCAAGUGGCAGGAGCAGCAGUAUGAGGAGAUACCUCCAAGCACAGGGGCCUUUCCACGGGAUGCUGCCCUUCCCGGCAACCAAGUUAUGCUCACUCCAGCAGACAAAAGCAGCCUCUCUGACUUUGGUAGUGAACCUGCCCUGUACUUCUAACUGCUAGUCUGACUUGGUGCUGAACAGAGACCACUCCAAAGUUCCUGGUCUCCUUCACUACAAGUGCCUGCAGAAGCACUUAAUGGGAGAACAAGGUGGGCAUUUGUAGCCAAGUCGCUCUCCCUUAUAGGGUACCAAGAAGCCAUUUGGGGUGGGGCAGCUCUGUAUUUACACUGGAUUCUGGUGCAUGACUUGUUCUGAGGCAGCCUGCUUGUUGUACCUGUGACCUUGCCAGUUCUGCUGAAGACCAAUUGCUGAACAAUGGAGAACUGCCUUGAAUGUGAAUCACUGU